AUGGCAAAGACAGAAGGCAUUAAAAGAAAGUUGAAACCAGUGAUAGAAAAGAAGAGGAGAGAUCGAAUCAACUACAAUCUAGAGGCGUUGAGAGAUCUGCUUUAUAAGAACACUGCAGACACACGUUUACAAAGUCAUAAACUGGAAAAGGCAGAGAUUUUAGACCUCGCAGUUCAGUACAUCCGAAAGACAACAAGGAAGAUGAAUACAAAAGGAACGUCUAAUGAAAUGGAUUCAAAGGCAACUAUGAAUCAGUCCGUUUCUGUGGGGGCCACAACCUAUGUAUUAGACUUCAAUGGGAGAUUUAACCCAUCUGAGCAGAAGGCAGCUUUUCCAAAACUGGGGGACAAUCUUGAAAACAACCUAUCUGGUGCUUCCACAGUAGAAAUUGAACCUGCAGCUCAGACAGGCAUAUCAAAGGCAAAGAUUUAUUUGUCACCAUCAGGCAAAAACUACCAUCAAGAACUUCUCGUACACCCUGGAUUGUCUUUGGGUAACUGUAAACUUUUAUAUCAAACAACUUGCCCCCCCAAUUCAACAUCAUCACACUAUAAUUCUCCUCCAUCAUCUCCCAUCUUUACCAGUGCGUCCUCCUCUCUCAGUAACUCUCCUACAUAUAUUUCCACAUCUUGUCCUCUAUCUCUGCCUCUCUCUUUGCCUCCCUGUCCUGACACAUUGUCUUCUCUUAAAACAACAACAGUUUCACUUCACAGGUCAGUGUCUCUGAUUCAGCCCUUUCUGCCCCACAUCGCUAAAGAAUUUACCCCACCGCAGUCACCUGUCCUUAGACAGGAUCCCUUCCCUCUCCAGGUCCAGUCCACAUGGAGACCAUGGAGCUGA